CGGGACUUUACUCGAGGGUUUCGCUCGCAGCUCGCCGCCGACCGCCGCCUCUUCCCUACCGUGCGCUCCUCCCCCGGCUUCGUCUGCAACUCUUCUUUCGGGGUACUAGAAGUCUAUAGCACGUAAGGGCGCUUUGGUGGUGAUGGAGGUAUCAGUCAACUCCGACAACAAGAGCAAAGGAGUUGGUUGCCAAGAUGGAAAGAGCGGUGGUAUGCAGAAUGUCACCAUGGGCAUGGAGGUAUUCGACUGCUCCAUCUGCUCCACCCCCCUCAGGCCUCCCAUUUUCCAGUGUUCUAAGGGGAAUUCCAUUUGCUCGCCUUGCUGCAUGAAGCUCCCAGAAAGCGACCGCUCCGCUGCCCAGCGCAGCUACAUCAUGGAUCGCGUCGUCAACAACAUCUUUGUUCCCUGCAAGCACGGAUGCAACAGGAAGAUUACCUACUACAACAAGGACGUGCACGAGGCAGAGUGCCCGAUUGGGCCGUGCGUCUGCCCAAUCUCUGGAUGCGGCUUCGUCGCGCCAACAGCGGCCCUCCUGGACCAUCUCACCACCCUGCACAAGCUGCCAAAAACACCGAUUGAAUUAUUCGGGGGGUCCAUGUUCCCAGUCCAGCCGGGCUGUCAAGUUCUCUGCAGCGGAUAUGGUCGCCUCUUCCUUCUUGACAUGGUGACGCUCGAGUCCUUUGGCCAUGCAGUCUCCCUCACUUGUGUACGGCCAGAAACUCCACGGGCCACGGUCGAUGUCGAAGUGCAGUUCUCAAGCUUCGAAGGGCACAUCCAACUCUCAAGAUGUGAGAUCAAACCUGACGGGGAACCAACGCAAUGCUUGUGUGCCGUGCCUGGUAGAGGAACCGGUGUCAUGGUCGGCAUCAAGAUAUGUAUGGUGUACUACGACAACGACGAGCUGAAGGAGGAGGAAGAGGAGUCGGACGACGAAUGGAAUGAGUACGACUACAACUCCGACCAGGAUGACGCAGAGGAUGAUCGUGACGAGGACGGUGAUGAUGAUUGAUGUUUUGUCUCAUCGGUGCGCAUGCUUGCAGCAUGUGUUGAAAUACUUUAUGCAAUCAACCCUCCGCAUUUGGAAUGUUGCAUUUGU